AUGAUUUGAUUGUGAUACAUAGAUUGUCAAUUUGAAAAGUUGUUGUCAAUUCCUCAAGGCACGCGWGAUCGUCCUACGGCGAACACURGAGUGGCUUUCUUGUACACUCAUGCUGAUUGGCUGGGUCGAGUUUAACCAAGAUGGCGGCCUGCAUUCAGGUGUGAACACGGCUGAGAGUUUCCCGCUCAUAACAUGUUUACAUGAGUCAAUUUUUGUUUUCAAAUCGAUAUCAGUGAAGCAUUAAUGGCUUGAUAACGUCUCUGGAUGACUUUGAGAAUAUGAAGAAAAAACGUUAAUCAGCUGGUACAAAAUAUUGUGUAAAAACUGGAUUACAUUUUAGUAAGUAGCUUUUAGUUUUAAGCAAAUGGAUCCUGAUCUAAUAAUUGUGAGGAACUGCAGAAACAGUGGUUUAGGUAUUAARAUAGUUGGAGGGAAAAGUACAGUUGGUGGCAGUGAUUAUGGGAUUUUUGUCAAGAAAAUAUUAGCUGGAGGACGAGCAGAGGCAGAAGGUCAUCUUCAAGAAGGAGAUCAAAUAUUGGAAGUCAAUGGAGAAUCAAUGUUAGGGGUCUCUAAUGAUAAAGCAAUAUCAAUAUUGCGAAAAGCAGCUGAAAGUAACAAUGUCAAGCUAUUGAUCAGUAGAGACAGCCACUCAAGACAAGAGUUCACRUCACUUAUGGCAGCCCUCAGUGGAAAUACACUAAACCUCAAUGGUCCUGGUGCCUUUGAUUUGCUAAGGAGUAACAGUAGAGGAAGUUCAAGAGCCUCAACACCAUCGCCCACUAUGGAAAAAAGGUCAUGGGUGAUGAGUGCAGGAAGAAUGUCACCCUUAGCAUUAGGUCGUUAUGGMAGUCCAAACUGGUCUCCCUCAAACUCACUAGACAGACCACCUCCAAGCUUACAGAGAAUGCAAGCAGUUGACUUACCAUCAGCUUCUGAAUUAUCCAAUCCAGGUCCUGUUGACCCUCCYCCUUAUCAGAACAGCAGUUUGCUGCAUCUUGGCUUAGGACCUUCACCAAGCUAUCGAAAUGGACCUAUGUAUCCUCCAAAUGGUGAUACUUCACCAAAGGUCUCUCCAAAACAUGGAGCUAGAGAGUUGCAAAGUGACUCUGAAGUGACUGUUGACUCUGGRCUCCAAACAGAUCGCCAUUCAAGUACACCAUCRCCAAUAUUUGAUAACCCAGGGGAACUGCAAGUAGUSACAAUACCAGUAACCACAGGGCUUGGUUUAUGCGUUGUUGGAGGAACUAAUAGACCAGAAGGACCUCAUAUUUAUGUCAACAGCAUGAUUGAAGGUGGUGAUGCACACAUGAACAACAAGUUACAACAAGGGGACCAAAUUGUAGCAAUAAAUGGCGAAACAUUAGUUGGAGUAACACAUGAACAAGCAAAAUCGAUAUUCACUCGUAUCAAGCUCAGGAAAGACCUUACAGCGRUAGAAAUCGCUUUUAUUCGAGGCGGUGACACCGGCUACGUACCUUCAACUCAACCAGAAAGCACCUACAAUUCUGGAAACGGUCAGGAAGAGGAACUAGAAGAACAUGAGUCGCCUCAGCUGUCGAGUAGAUCGUCUCUYGAAAGCACACGCGAGCUUAAUGGCUAUUUAAGUGAAAUGCCACUCUCUUCUGGUGAUAGUUUAGUUGGAAUGAACCGUACAAGUUCAAGAACUCAAUAUCUUUCUAAUGGACUCCCACAAACUAUUCCUUUGACAUCGUAUGCCUCACCACACACCUUCCCACAACCCAUCAGUCAUGUCCAAGGGGGAUAUCUUCCACAUCCAUAUAUAACAAACGGGGGUAGCCUACCUCGUUCCGUCAGUAAUGGCGCCAUGCCCCCUCAAAGUCAGGGUUUUCAUCCUACCAUGUCUUCAACACCGAAUGGCCCAAGUUUACCAAAUGGCACCUCGCUGCCCGCAAUGCCUUAUUAUGGACACACUAAUGGUUACAACCCAGCAAUGGCGACAUAUCAACAACAAAAUGAAACUAUUAGUCCUAUUGCACCAUCGCUGCAGCCGUCAUCGGUACCGUUCUACCUACAACAAGACUUAGAAGCKUUAAGAAGAGUAUCUGAGCAAUAUCCAUCGUCUGGAACACAGGCCACCCCCCCUAGGGAUACUAAUGGCACCCCUACUACUUCAAUUAACUCACAGAAACAGCGAAGAACAAGAGCCGAAAGAAGCUCCAGAAAAUUAUCCCUCGAUCCUUACACCAAAAUAAAAGUCGAAAAACUUGAAGUGGCAUUGAGGUACCUUGGUUUUGAUCCGACWGAGGAACAACAGAGAAUGUUACGACUUAGACUACCUAUAGAUCAUAAUGGUUGCACGACGUAUGGAGAAUUCGUGAAUGCUUCAAGGGAAAUAUUCGCUGUAAAACUUAAUGAACCCAACUUAAACACUUCAGCCUUCCAGUUUGCGAUACAGGAUAUUAACGCAAUGGAACAAAAGAUGCAACAGUUAGAAGCCCAACAAGCAGCUGAAACUGAAGCAGUCGUCAGGCAAACCUCAGAAGACCUUGAGUUGCUACGAAGAGAAAGAGAUGAAGCUUUAAGAGAAGUGCAACAUCUUAGAAAAGCACUAAAGAAAAAAGAUCAGCAGUGUAUUGAAUCGUCGGAAGAAGUUAAAAGAAUACGAAAGAAAACACAAGAACUUUUGGAAGAAAGUAGGUCACUUCAAAAUCGCAUUCACUUAGCAUCACAAGCCCAAGAARCGUCCAAAAGUGUCGAACAAGACUAUGAAGAGGUAAUCAAGCUACUAGAAAAGGAAGUUGAUGACUUAAAAAUAAAAAACGCRCAAAAAGGUCCAGAUCCUAAAGACCUAGAGGAACUUCAAAAGAGACUUGUUGUUCUUGGCUGUCAGCUACGAAAAGCUGAAGUCAGCAAGAGAACGUAUGAAGUGUCGACAGAAAAACUGAUCAAAUUUGCAGAGCUUGUUCAUGAUGUUCUUUCAAGAGGUGGAAAUGAAUUACCACAGCAAAGAGGAAGAGGUGAACCGGCAAAAAGAGACACAGCAGGCUCCAGACCACCAUCUUACCUUUCACGACAUGCCAAGCAUAACCCUUCUACAUUAGCCAAAGAAGCAAGAGAGGUUGUCAAGUCUGUCAAGGCGUUGAUUGAAGAAGAACCGUUACCAUUUGGCUGGGAAGAAGCCUAUACUCCUGAUGGUGUUCGAUAUUAUAUAAACCAUGUUACACAGCAGACGUCAUGGCUUCAUCCUGUAAGUCAUGUACAGCACCUUCCAGCUAUCAUGGAAGCCAAAGAUGAAGGGGUCAAAGAAACACGAACUUGAAAACAAUGCUAUUGAGCAUAAAAUAUUUUAAUAUGUGUGAAUAUGAAAGCCUCAAUGCCUAUCCUUAGCGAUUAUCAUGAUCAAUAUUGGCUGAGAUAAUCAGCUUUUGAGAAAACAACAAGUUACUUUGUAAAGAGGACAUGUCAAACAAUUGAAAGCAAAUCAAGGAAUCAUUUCAAAAUCACUGAAAUAUGACAGUUUUCUUUGCGUGAAGAUGAUGUUGAUUAUCCGCAGUAAAUCCAUAAACAGUAAACCCAAAAAAUUAUUUGUACAGAAACAAGCAAUUUGUGCUCAUGUAGUAGUUUUGUGAAGUAAAAACUGUAAUGAAGCCUUGUUGCAAGUGCAGUUGCAUAUGGAAGCAUAGUGUUUGUUUGGAGUAAAAAAAAAAACAACGACAAACAAACAAAAAACAAGUAGGCCUCUUUCAUUUUGUUCUCUUGCUUCUGUACUUGCAUCACUAAGUGAAAACCUGACUUUAGAGAUAUAUUUAUGUCUAUUUGACAAUUAUAAGUUUGUUUGCCAGAUUUUAUUUGAAUGUAUUAUAUAUAACAAUGUGUUAAAUUAACUUUAAUGAUCAUUUUUUGUAUGAUAAUCUUUUUAUUUGACUUAAUGAAAUUGUACAGCAAGAACCAAUAAUUUUGAAUAAAGUAUAUGCCAUGUAUCAAUGAUCAUUUUUAAUAGAUUAACUGUUUUAUACAAAUUAUAGUAAACACUACUACAUUGUAAAGCAGGUUGAAUAAUAUAAAUUGCCUGUUUAUUUUGCACUGUUCAUUUGCUUAGAAUUAUGGUCACCCCAGGAGAACAGGACUACAUAUCACCUAAAAUACACAUAAGCAAUCAUAAAGUAGAUAAGAUCCAUAAAAACCACCAGAGGUGGUUGCAAACUAGGGGGGUUCAGGGAUGUCCUCUGGAAAAUCUUGCAAUUUUGAGGUGCCCAGGUGCACUUUCCAUCAUUCUGAGAGGUAUUUUAGCUGAAACACUCCUGUUAGUUUUAGUCUAAUUGUCAAAAAUAACUGACCCGACAAUUGAAAUGGCUUCACAAUAUGCUGCGUUUUAUUUCCUUUCAUACUGUUAAAAUAUCACUAAUAUUAUCAACGAAAGAAGAGCAAGAUCCGGCAAUGCAGAACACUUUCAAAAUAAACACCGAUGAAAACAUUUUAAGAAACGAAUUCCAGUAUAUAUACCUACUUGCAGAAACGUUGUCACAGAAAAUAGAACAUUUGUUAAAAGGAAUAAAUUAAAACAAGACAAAAGAAAGCGUUAAGCCUCAGUGAUCUUCUUUUGUCUUUUUUAAUUUAUUCCUUUUUGACUAAAUACAAAUGUCCUAUUUUCUAUGACAACGUUUUCGCAAGUAGGUGUAUAUCUCACAGUAAAAAUCAAAUUUCCACUGUUUCUGAGCAUUGUGCAAUAUUGCAAUAUGACCACACUUUAAGCAUUAAGUAAGAAUUAAGUAACCAUGUGUCAGUUAUUAUUAGGCAAUGGUAAUGAAACCACCUCUGCAUUUUGAAUGUUGAUAUUUUGAACUCCAAAGUGCCAACGUAAAAAUUUCCUAAGGAAAUGGGAAUGUGAAAAAACUGCAAUACUUCUCUCUGGUCUUGAGAGAAGAAGAUGGUAAAAUCUACUAGCUCUAUCCUUCAAGACUUCAUCCGAUUCCACAGAAUAAUCAUCACUCUGCCACCAUUUUAUAGCUGACUCUUGAUCCGUGAUGUUUUGUUGCCCAACAUACCACCAAACAUUGUUUUCAACGAGUCUAAAAUCC